GUUUAAUGUUAUUCGGAAGUGUGUCUAUCUGCGAUGCAGCUCAACUAACUUGUGCGGUCGUGAAAUACGUAAUUCAUAUUGCUAUUCUGAGAAUAUCAGUUAUAUAUUCCAUGCAAGCAAAUUCUACUAGUGUUGGUUUGCUUUCAGUCCGGUUUACCGUCAGCUGUCUCUUUUUAGUUGUGAAAUCUUAACCGUUGUAUGCUAGUUUUAGCUCAGUGGCUAGCUAACAAGGCUGACAACCUUGCCUUGUCCGUCACUGGAGCCACGUUUAGAUAUGUGCUGAUGGUUACCGUUUUUUAAUAGGUCUGUUGUCAUUUUCUCAUCGUCCUUAUUUAGCUAAUGCAACUAGUUAGUUAGCGUCGGGCCAUAUAUUGGCAGUCCACGGUGUGCAGCUGAUGGCCGACCACUACCUCUGUAGUCCUUGAGAGGUUUUGACAGAACAUGAACAUUUAAUGACAACGACGUUAUGCCCGCAUCGACAUGGACUAAAAACUGAUUCGUUUCCUCCCAAACCACGGAGUAGCUGUUAUCAUCCUUGAUCCGUCAGGAUGUUGGAGGGCCUUGUUGCCUGGGUGCUAAACACAUACCUGGGCAAAUACGUCAGCAACCUCAACACAGAUCAGCUCUCCAUUGCCCUUCUGAAAGGUGCAGUGGAACUCGAGAACCUCCCUUUGAGGAAAGAUGCCCUCCGAGAGUUUGACCUACCAUUUGAGGUCAAAGCAGGCUUCAUUGGAAAAAUCACUCUCCAGAUCCCUUUCUACCGGCCUCACAGUGACCCAUGGGUCAUUUCUAUGUCCCAGCUCAGCCUCAUCAUUGGUCCAGUCCAGCUGCAGGAAUAUGAUAAAGAGAAGGAGAGAGAGGAGGAAAGAGAGCGCAAAAAACGUCUGCUGAAGGUUCUUGAAGACAAAUUCAUAAGUGAGUGUGAACAGAGAGGAGAGUCAUACUGGUAUUCUGUCACUGCCUCUGUGGUCACCAGGAUUGUGGAGAACAUUGAGCUGAAUAUCCAAGAUGUGCAUCUUCGAUUUGAGGAUGACUUCUCCAACCCACAGAAACCCUUUUCCUUUGGGGUUUGCAUUAACAACGUAUCUGCUCAGAACCCAUCCAAAGAGUCGGUCCAAAAGCUCCUUCGACAAAAGCAGCUGGAGAUCGAAGACUUCAGUGUCUACUGGGAUACAGAGUGCGAAAUGCUGGGAAAGCUGCCUGCAAAUCAGAUCCAGGAUGCAAUGAUGAAGUGUAUGCAGAGCCGUGAACAUCAGUACAUCUUUGAACCAGUAUGUGCCUCUGUGCUGCUGAGAAGAAACACCUCCAAGGAGCCUCUGAGAUCCAGACAAACCCCAAGGAUUGAAGGCCAGGUUCAGCUGGAGCCCAUGUCCUUACGUCUUUCACAGGUUCAGUACCAACAGAUCAUGACUUUUCUUAAAGAGCUGGAUCGCAGAGAGAGAGAAAUGCUCUACAGGAAGUGGAGACCUAAAGUCCCGAUUUCUGGGAACUGCCAGCAGUGGUGGGUCUUUGCUAUCCAGGCCAACUUGAGUGAAAUUAGGGAACAGCGGCGGCGAGGCAGCUGGGACUUUGCUCUGCAGCGGGCCCGAGAUGCCCAGACCUACACCAGCCUUUAUUUUAGAAGACUCAAAAGAGUUACACUGAGUCCUCAGGAAGAGAAUGAACUGGAGCGAGUGGAAGAGGAACAAACAUUAGAGGAGCUGCAGAGUCUCAGAGAAAUUGUCCAUGAUUGGUUUCGAAAGCAGGAAGAGAUUGCAGAGUAUGUGCGAGAGCCCAACAGUGAUCCCCAGCCCUGUUCAGCUACCCCAUCCAUUCCCAAGAGUGGGAGCUCAGGGAUGAUCCAGUACCUCCAGUCUUGGUUCCCAGGCUGGGGAGGCUGGUAUGGAGAUUCCCAGAAUCCAGACAGGCCAGAAGAACUCCUUCCAGGUUCAUCCUCAUGGGAUAUUCUAGCAGAGACAGAAGAAUUGUUUGACCCACUGGAAGACUCUCACACUCUCAACACAUUCACCAGGCGAGAUCACCUGUUUGCCCGGUUAGAGUUUUUACUGGAAAAGGGUGGAGUCACACUCUUCCACCAGGACAGAAGGGGAGACACUCUGCAUGAGAGUGGAGUCAUCCAGCUGGAAUUUUCAGGAGUGAAGGUGAUAGUGGAGUCUCUGCCUCGCUCCGAGUCAUCAUUAUUGUCAGUUAAGCUGGGUAGUUUGUUCCUUAGAGAUUUGACCACUCAGGGCACCAUUUUCCCUGUCCUGGUAUCUCCUAAAACGGACAAAGUUGUUGCUGUCAUUAACCAUUCAUCGAACCAGUCUACCAGUGCUUUUGGAGGCACUACAGAAUGCUCAUCAUUCCCAGUCUUUGAGAUGAUAUAUGAGCGUAACCCUAUUAGGUGUAAGUUUGAGAGAAGACUGGAAGUGAACACUAGUCCACUGAACAUCAUCUACAACCCACAAGCAAUAAAAAAAGUGACUGAGUUCUUCUAUAAAGGAAAAGUUCAUACUUCAGGUUUUGGUUAUCAAUCAGAGCUGGAGCUAAGAGUGGCAGAGGCUGCCAGGAGGCAGUACAAUAAGCUGAAGAUGCAAACUAAAGCAGAGAUCCGACAAACCAUUGAUCAGCUACUUGUGGGAGAAUUUAUUGAAAGCAGUAAGCGUUGGACUAUGAAAUUGGACAUCUGUGCACCCCAAGUGAUUUUCCCUGAUGACUUCCAGUCAGUGGACCCAAUGCUAGUUGUUGUUGAUUUAGGCAGGAUUCUCCUGACAAACUGUCAAGAUGACACUAAAGCCAGCUCAAAGGCUACUCAACCUGAAAGGGAAGACAUCAGUGAUGAUGAGUACCAGACUCCCCUCGCUACUCCACCAGAGUCACCACCACAUGACGUUGACAUGACUUUGAAAGCACAGCAAAAUUUUCCUGAGCUUCCUAGCCUUACAUCCCCAGAAGGCACACAGGCCUACAGAAAAAGGCUGUAUGAAAAAUACUCCUUGUCAUUCAAGGACUUGCAGAUAAUGGUUGGUCGCUGUAAGGACAACUGGAAACAUCUUCAGGAGAGUGAGGUAGGGCCUACACAUGUUGUAGAGAAAUUUAAUGUGCUGUUGCAGCUUGAGCAGAGACUACGCUACACAUCAGACCCCCAGCUCCCUGGGGCUGUGCUGUCAGGAACUCUCCCAGACCUCAAGGUCCAUAUUAACCUUGAGAAGAUGACUGCCCUUAGAAAUUGUCUUGCUAGGCUAAGCAGUCCAGCUGUGAGUGAAAUAGACAAAAGCCAGGAGAGAGGUCUGACUUUUAGAUCUCCUGAUCCACCUACCCUCCGCCAUGACAAGAUCUUUCAGAGAGAGGACAGCUCCUGGAAGUUGCAGGGUUCAGCCAAGAGUCUGACCCAGAGUGUGAUGACAUUGGAGCAACACACACGGGAAGUCCUGGUGGAAUCUCGUCUACUAUUAGCUGAAUUCAACAUUAACUACAUGCAGCUUGGUGUGGAGAGUGAUGGGCGUUACAUAUCAGUUCUCAAGGUAUUUGGCACAAAUGCUUAUUUUGUCAAGCGGCCUUAUGAUGCUGAAGUCUCUCUGACUGUUCAUGGUCUUCUGCUGGUGGACACCUUGCAGACCUAUGGCUCAGACUUUGACCUCCUUGUGGCUUCUCAUAAGCACCUCAGUUUUGACAUACCCACAGGUAGUCUCAGAGAAAGCCAGCCAACGUCUCCUGUGCUGUCUGAUGGCAAAUCUCCUGAGCACCAGGCCAACCAUACUGAGUCAUCACCUUGUCAGCCCAUAGAUAGAAUGUCCCCCUUCUGUUCCGUUCUCAAAGAGCAAGAUGCCCUAAUUAAGCUUGAGUACCAGUUUGUGAGCUCAGACUGCCCUUCCAUGAACCUGGACAGCUCUCUUCAGGUUACCAGCAUGCAGGUCAAUAACUUGGACAUCAUUCUCAACCCUGAGACUAUGGUGGAAUUACUGAAGUUCCUUCAGAAAUCAUUCCCCAAAGAAGAAAGCACCUGGCCAUCAGCAAUGCAACAACAUAAAACAGCACCUAACAGUGAGGAACAGGAUGGAACAUUACAGGCCACCUAUGACCAGAACAAAGAACUGACUGUAGAGAUCCACCGCCUCAACCUGCUUCUCCUUCGGACUGUGUCCACUGGCACUGUUCUGGGUGCUGAGAAGAAAGGGUUGAAGAUUGCCACUGCCAGCAUUACUGGAACCAAGGUCAAUGUGUCCAUGGGCAGUCGGUUGGACAUUAAUGGUUCACUUGGAUCAAUGCAGUUGGUGGACCUUACCCAGGAGGGAGGCCGAAGCCAGUUUGUAGUUAGCAUCGGCAGUGAUGAGGACAGCUCCUCCAGUCUUGGCGGGUUAACAUUCCUUACUGAUACAGGAAGUUCUCCCUCAGAAGCUUUAAAUUUUCGCCUUAUGGAGAAGUCCCAAGGCGAGUGUUCUUUGCAACUCCAAAUGGCAUCUCUGCACUACAACCACUCAGCCAAAUUCCUGAAGGAGCUGAGUCUUUCAGCCAAUGAAGUAGAAGACAAUUUCCGCACCAUGUUGAAAAGUGCUGCCACCAAAGUGUCCACAGUACUCGCCACCAAAACAGCAGAGUACAGUGGAAUGGUUUCACUCUUUGAGACUCCCUCACGGAGAACCAGAACUCUGAGUCAGAGCUGGGCUUAUCCAUUUGAAGAUGAGGAGGAUGUUGCCAUAGAAGAACCUGAAUCCACCUUAGACACUUUCUUGGUGAAGCUGACCCUCAAUAUCAGCAUCGAAUCACCAGUUGUGUUUAUUCCCCGUAAACCUGGACACCCUGAGCUAUUGGUUGGCCACUUGGGCAGCAUAACAAUACAGAAUUUUGUUAGUGGGCAAGACUCAGAAGGAGAGAGGUUGCAGGUUUUGGUGAGGGAUAUACGGCUGUAUUCAGUCAACAUGAGUCAUUUGAUUUUGAAGAGGGAACCUAGAGUGGAUACUGCUGCCAGUAUGCCAACAUCCUGCAAUGGGAGCAUCAAUCAAGAGGAACCACAGUUCACACGUCAAGACUUCUUUGAAUUCCUCAACCGCGGAAAAGCCUUCCAUAUACUGAAAGACACCACUAUGCAGUUCAGUCUGAAGAAAGUUCCUGUUGACGAAGAUUCCCAAUUUAACUUCCUCACAACAGAGGAGCCUUGCAAGAGCACAGGGAUACUAAGAGUUGAGGGCAAAUUCGUCAACCCUGUUCAGGUGUUCCUGUGCAAGCCUGUGUAUGAACAAGUCCUCCAGACUUUGGACAAUUUGUCCCUGAUUGAAGAGCAACGUUUCACACCCAGUCAGCCACCCACACCCCCCCACCAACUCCCUCCUCCACCAGACCACACCGUUUUGGAGAUCCCCAGGGAGGACUGUUUGCAAGGGACCCUCCCCAUAUCAUUUUGCCACUCAUCACUGUCUUCCCCUUUGCCUCUACAGUCUCACAAACCUACUUAUUCUUCUUCCUUCACUCAGCUAAAAGUCACCUUACAUGUGACAGAAUUGCACAUCCAGCUUAGUGCUGACCUAAGUCAGGGCUCCCAGGGCUUAGUCAGUCUGCGCUUCCAAGAUUUAGAGGGAGACUUUACCAAAGAGCACCCUCAAUCACUGGCGAUCCAGCUUGCUCUGCGGUCACUACUCAUGGAAGACCUCCUGGAGCAGAACCCUGAGUCUAAGUACAAACAUCUGAUGGUGUCUCGGGGAGCACCCAAGCCCUCCACCUUGAGUCCAAAGGAGUACCUUUCCCAAAGCUGUCCAUCAGCAUCUAAUGCUCUGUACCCAGACAUGCCCCGCUCACUGCCUGCCCACAUGGAGGAGGCACAGAAUGUCUUCAAACUCUACCAGAGGCAUUCCAGUACUCCAUCUAGCAGUCGCAAAUCAAAGAGGGACCCGGCCUGUCCAAAUACUCCACCUCCCUCUCCUACCCGCCGUACACCCUCUCCUCAGCUGCCCCCAGACUUUGAUGACUCAUUAGUUCAUAUCAAUGUGCUGCUGGUUGACCAGACACACCCAGAGUUCAAAACACGCUAUGGCAGUGUGGGACGAAGUGUUGAUGUUGACUUUAACUGCCUGGAUGUUUUGAUUACACUGCAGACCUGGGUGGUUAUUCUGGAUUUUUUUGGUAUUGGCUCCACAGCCAAUAAUCAUGCAGUGAAGGUACCUAUGUCACCCCAACCUGUGCCAGGGCAUCCUCUGUAUGAGCCAGACAAUAUUGAAGAGAACAUGUCAGAGUCUGUCAACACGAAAUUGGACUUAAAGGUCCAUUCUUUGUCUCUGGUUCUGAACAAAAAAGUCAAUGAGCUUGCCAGAGCUAGUGUGACCAAAUUAUCUACUCAUCUGGAAAUGCUGGAUGGUGACCUGGCAUUACAAGGCAGUUUGGGAAGUUUGUCCCUGAGUGACCUGACCCCACAUGGUGACCUCUAUAGAGAGCGCUUCACCACACAAGGAGGGGAAGCCCUUAUUUUCAACAUUCUAAAGUACGGCCAGCCUGAUCCUUACCUGCAACGUGAAUGUGACAUCAAGGUGUCAUUGCAGAUGGCAUCAGUGCAGUAUGUCCACACCCAGCGCUUCCAGGCUGAAGUGGUAGCCUUCAUCCAGCACUUCACUCAGCUGCAGGAUGUGCUUGGCAGGCAGAGAGCAGCAAUGGAGGGCCAAGCUGUGCGGGCUCAUCCUCAGCGGGCAUCAAGAGUUCUGCUUGAUGUUGAGGCCGGCGCUCCGGUUAUUCUCAUCCCAGAGAGUUCACAGUCAUCAAGGGUUAUUGUGGCCAACCUCGGCCAGCUGAGGGUGCAAAAUUGUUUCCUGCCAGCUGGGGCUCAUGGGACCUUUUCCCUACGAGACAAGGUAGAGAAACUGACCAUGGCACAUGCCUUUUUCCCUUCUCUGGAACGUGUCCGUAGCGCAGUAGGGAUGAAUAGUGGCCAGGAGAAGCCUCGAAACCUGCUGGGCAACUUUUCUUCAUCCACAGGAUUCAACCUUGACAAACCACACGACGUAAACACAGGAAGAAACCCUGAGGAGGAUGACCCUCACAAUUUAGAAGAGCAUGUGUGCCUGUUGGACUGCGUUGCCCUAGACCUGCAAGAGAUGGAUAUCUUUGCUGCAGUGCGUCUUCCCUGGCAGGGUAGUGGUAAAGCCCCUGAAUCUUCAGACCUCCUCUUUCCUUCGUACUCUGUACGUCGCACCGGAGACAACCUGUUGAGAAACUGCUGCCGCCUUCGGCUUAAAGUGGAACGGAACCUGGACAAGGAGUUGAGCCAUGGGGUGCCUGACAUGUCCAUUCAUGGAAGCCUAUCCUCAAUACACUGCUCUUUGGACAUGGAGCACUACCAACUGAUCAGAGGGCUGCUGGAAAACAACCUGGGAGAGCCUAUUGAAGAGUUCCUCCGACCCUACAACCUGCAGGACCCCAGCACAUACACGGUGUUGAGUGGAGAAGUCUAUAUCAACUUGUCAUUCCUCGUAGACAUGAUGGAUGUCAGUCUGGAACUCUUGGACAGUCCCAAACUAACUGAACCUAAACGCUCAUUAGCAAGGUUUGACUUCAUGAAAUCCAAGCUGCUCUUCGAAAGUUUCUCAAAUGGAUCCAAGUCCGUCAACCUGGUUUCUCACUCCUUGCUGGCAUACGACACCCGUUACACUGGGCCAAAUGAAAGUACUGCUGGACAUGAUGGGGCAAGAUGCAAUGUGUUUGACUGCAUAAUCCAGCCCUCCAAGACAGGCACUAACCGGGCGUCCCUGCAGCUGGAAUUGCAUUAUAGAUCCACACGUGACUCGUCCUCCUUCACAGUGGUCCUCAACAACCUCAGGGUCUUUCUCAUUUUUGACUGGCUGCAGCUGGUGCGAGACUUCCUCCGUAUGCCAGCUGAAAAGACAUCAGCUGGUGCUCAGCCUUCUCAGUGCUGGCCCAGUAACGCUACCACUGACUCAGGCACCAGUACCACCACCUGCACCUCUGGGGCUGUUAUGCCCAAGACAGUCAAGAGUGGUGUUGUCACCAAGAGGUCCACAGUGCCAGUUACCCAGGACCGCUGCCUAGAGGUUAAGAUCAAUGUCACAGGUACAGAGUUUGUGGUUGUGGAGGACUCUUGCUGUGUGGAUACCAAUGCCAUCAUUCUAAAAGGCACCACAGUCCUCACCUACAAACCCCGGCUGUUGGACAGACCCUUCUCAGGCAGCCUCGCAGGAAUAGAGGUAUUCUCAUGUCGACUGGGCAGUGAGCAGGAGACAGCACUGUCCAUCAUCGAUCCUGUCAAUGUUCAGGUGGAACUGUGUGGAAGCCCCACAUACCAAAGCAGCUCAGGUCUACUGGACGCCUUCAAUGUAGAGGACAUUCCACCCCUGCUUGAGAUUCAAUUCCCUGUUCUGGACAUCCGUCUGUCCUACAAUGACAUUCAGCUCUUCUUGGCCAUUGCAAAAUCUAUCCCUACGGCAAAUUCUCCACUGCCACCUGACUCUGACACCACCACUGCUCCGACCAGUGAGACCACCACUACAUCCAAAAGCAGCCUCAGGCAGAAGACUGAGGGCCUUAUAGAGGGCCAACUGAACCAUUUACAAGACCUUGGAUUCAGGAAAGAGGACUGCAAACGUGCCCUCCUUCACUGUAAAGGCCAGCUGGACCAGGCUGCCACAUGGCUGCUGGAGAAUGCUGAGAACAUGGCGAGACAUCCCAGAGCCAGGGCUGACUCUGGCACCAGCCACCCCUCAGCUCUUCUGUCAGGGGUGGAAGUAAAGGCUGAGAGUGUCUGCAUCUGUUUCAUUGAUGACUGCCUGGACUGUGACAUACCACUGGCAGAGCUUACCCUUUCUAGACUUUAUGUUCUUCAGCGCAUUGGUUCCACUCAGGAAGGUAAUGCCAGUUUCACUCUAUCUGGUGACUACUACAACAGAGAACUGUCAGGCUGGGAGCCCUUCAUUGAGCCCUGGCCCUGCUUCCUGUCCUGGCAGCAGCAGGCUGCCGGCCGUCUCCACCCUCCACGUCUCAAGAUGGAGAUUCGAGCCAAGCAGAGAUUGGAUGUCAACAUUACUUCUGUCCUGCUGGAACAAUACAACACCACCAAGAGCUCCUGGAUAGCUGACUACUGUAGUGAGGAAGAACAGACUUCUCAGUCUUCACCCCCUCUUGCCUGGAUAGGCUCCUCAGUUGACCCACCGAGCUUUGGACAGAGUGCACCUCUUGCUCACCUUAGAACUAGGAGCACAGCCAGCUUGGCAUGCCUCGAACAACAGAUUCAUUCCAGAGGUGUCAAGCUGUCCAAGAGGAGGCAGCCAUUUGUGCCAUAUGCUCUACGUAACCACACAGGAUGUACCAUGUGUUUUGCCACUCUGACUACAACCCCUACGAGGGUGGCACUGUCUCACAGCAGUAGUGCAGACUCCAUCUCAGAUGGCCAUGGUCCAGGAACUGAUGACACUCACAAUGUCAGUCAGUGGAGAGAGGUGCUGCCUGGGGAGGAGAUUCCUUUUGAAUUUGAGGCCAGAGAGAAACUUCGUCACCGACACACUCAUGAGCUGAAGCUGCACCAACUGCUAGUCCGGGUAUGUGGAUGGGAGCAAGUCAAGCCAGUGUCUGUGGACAAAGUGGGCAUUUUCUUCCGUUAUGCAGCACCAGACAGAAACAACUCUUCUAACACUGUUGGCAGCCCUAUUAGCAGGACUAACAUCAUUCACCCACAUGUUUAUUUCUCGGCCCUGCCUCCUGUCAGAGUGGUCUUUUCCAUCACAAUGGAGGGCAGUGCCAGGAAGGUGAUCACUGUCUGCUCCGCCCUCAUGGUGAAGAACCGGCUAGAUGUUCCGAUGGAAGUCAGACUCGACAGCCCCUCUGCCCCCGACAAACCCGUGGUGUUGCCUCCUAUCCUGCCUGGACAGUCGUUGGCAGUCCCCCUUCACCUGACGUCCUGGCGGCUACAGGGUCGUCCCAAAGGCCUGGGGUUGUUCUUCUGCAAGGUUCCCAUCCACUGGACCAGUGUGGAGAGGCCUGGAGAAAUCAGCAGCAGUAAGAGGGAAUGUCACUCAGCAGACUUUGAUGACAACCUCAAGCGUAACUUCAGGUUUUGUGUGGUCAUCAAAAAGGAAAACUACCCAGAUCAGCGGCCUGCCAAGAGGCAGGUUUCUGGUGGUGCAAACCAGAUAUAUCGACAGCCAGGCCAUGCUAUCUACCUGCUGCCGACAAUGGUGCUGGCCAACCUCCUGCCUUGUGACCUAAGCUAUUACAUCAAAGGAACGACAAUCAAAGGCUCACUUAAGCCGGGAAAAGAGGCCGUGCUUCAUGCUGCCGACACCUCACAGAACAUGGAGCUAGGAAUCUUGCUGGAGAGCUUCCCCACAUGCAAAGAGCUACUGAUUCCUCCUGGGACUCAGAAUUAUGUUGUUCGCAUGAGACUAUAUGACACCAACAAACGUCUCCUUUGUCUCACCAUUCGCAUCAUACUACGGGCACAAGGGGCUCUGAAGAUCCUAAUUUCUGCCCCCUACUGGCUCAUCAAUAAGACUGGACUGCCACUAAUAUUCCGUCAGGACAAUGGCAAGACAGAUGGAGCAGGCCAGUUUGAGGAGCAUGAGUUGGCUCGAAGCCUCAGUCCAUUACUGUUCUGCUACACUGACAAGGAACAGCCUGCUAUGUGUACAAUGCGGAUUGGAAAAGGGAUCCAUCCAGAUGGAGUUCCAGGCUGGUGCCAAGGCUUCUCCCUGGAUGGAGGUAGUGGAGUCAGAGCAGUGAAAGUGAUCCAGCAUGGGAACAGGCCUGGUCUCAUCUACAACAUAGGCAUCAGUGUGCGCAAAGGAAAAGGACGCUACAGGGACACUCAUAUAGUGACCUUUGCCCCACGCUACCUGCUCGACAACCGGUCAACACACAAACUGGCCUUUGCCCAGAGAGAGUUUGCAAGAGGAAAGGGCACUGCCAACCCGGAGGGCUACAUCUCCACCUUGCCGGGCUCCAGUGUUGUCUUCCACUGGCCUCGAAAUGACUAUGACCAGUUGCUGUGUGUGCGCAUCAUGGACAUCCCCAACUGCACCUGGUCUGGAGGCUUUGAGGUUAACAAACCCAAGUCGUUUCAUGUAAACAUGAGGGACAUACUAGGAAAGUGUUUCUUCCUGCGGACAGAAAUCACGCUUAAGGGAGCCACAUACCAGAUCUCCUUCACUGACACUGACCAUCUGCCUCCACCCUUCCGCAUUAACAACAUCUCCGAGGUGCCUAUCCAGUUCUGGCAGCAUGGUGUAGCUGACAUCCGACUGCACACUGAGGUGAAGGCCAACUCGGUGCUAGACUAUGCCUGUGAUGAGCCUACACUGCAACCAUACCUCUUACUCACUGUAAAGGGAGCAGGAUCAUCUGAGAUCACAGCCGACAUGAACUUCUUCAGAGAAUACAACAAACUCUAUUACGAGAACUUCAUCUACAUUGCAGCCACACACACUUUUUCACAAACUGUUGAGAAGAGGCCUGUUGGGAAGAAACGUCUGGUGAACUGUGCUGAACUGGUUCUUGAUGUGGACACCAAGACUCAAAGGAUCAUCCUGAAAAAAAAGGAGCCGGGGAAGCGCUCCCAGCUUUGGAGGAUGACAGGGACUGGCAUGCUUUGUCAUGAAGGUUCAUCUCCACCACAGAGCAAACCCGCCCAACCACGGCCAUUAGACUCCUCUUUGGUGCUGGACAUCGCUGGGCUUGCAGCAGUUAGUGACAACAGUUUCGAGCCACUGAUGUUGAGAAGGCCAGACUCACGCCGCAGCACCACUCAGACAUGGUACUUCAGCUCAGGCAUGCUGACCUGUGGCCUUCCCCGACUAGUGGUACAGGUGAAGGGUGAGGUGGCAGGCUUGUUUGAUGGAGCAGAGGUGGUGCUGGGACCAGAUUCAGGGCUGCUGGAGCCUGGCCCAGAGCAGCAGUUCGUCAACCAGAAGAUGAGACCUGGUUCUGGUGUGCUGUCGGUCCAGGUGCUGCCAGAUGGACCCACACGUGUCCUGCAGAUCAGUGACUUCAAUCAGAGAAGAAUGAUGCGGAGCUCACCAAGCAAAGAACAGGACAGGAUCACAGAGGGUGUGAAGAAGAGAGAGCCUGAACCUCAACAGGAGCUAGAGGUGUUGGUGAGCUUGGAGGAGGGUCUGGGUGUGUCUCUGGUCAACAAGGUUCCUGAGGAGCUUGUUUUCACUACGUUGUCUGGUAUAGAUGUCCACUUUACCCGUACUGCUGCCAACGAGGUGUUGGAGCUCAGCGUUCAGAAUGUCCAGGUGGACAACCAGCUGCUGGGUACCACCCAGCCUGUGAUGCUGUGUGUGACUCCAGCUUCCAGUGACAGCAGUGUCAACGACAGUGGUCCAGCCCUGCAGAUCAAUUCAGUCAAGGUUCCUAGCAGCCUAAUGCUCACUGAUCUCUUUAAACACCUCAUGGUGACAGCCCGACACUUCACUGUCAUCAUUGAGGAGAAGUUGCUGCUGAAGCUGCUCAGCUUCUUUGGAUAUGGACAGAUAGAUGCUGAGCUGGAGAAGUUAGAUGAAAAUCUCCAUGAGAAGCCCACCGAAGAUGCAACACCUCCCAAACGUUACUACUUCGAGAACUUGAAGAUCAGCCUCCCUCAGGUCAAACUGAGUGUCUUCACCUCUCACAAGCUGCCUCCUGACCUCAAGGCUCUGAAAGGCACCCUGGGCUUUCCUCUGGUUCGCUUCGAAGAUGCUGUCAUCAACAUGUACCCAUUCACCAGAGUUCAUCCCUACGAGACCCAGGAAAUCAUCAUCAAUGACAUCCUCAAGCAUUUCAGAGAGGAGCUCAUUAGCCAGGCUGCUCAAAUCCUCGGCUCUGUGGACUUCCUGGGGAACCCCAUGGGCCUCCUCAAUGAUGUCACUGAGGGUGUGUCUGAACUCAUCAAAUAUGGCAAUGUGGGUGGUCUCAUACGCAAUGUGACACACGGUGUGUCCAAUUCUGCUGCCAAGUUUGCAGGGACUUUAUCAGACGGACUGGGAAAAACCAUGGACAACCGACACCAGAGUGAGCGGGAGUACAUUAGAUACCACGGAGCCACCAGUGGAGAGCAUCUGGUAGCAGGGAUCCAUGGACUAGCUCAUGGUAUCAUUGGAGGCAUGACGAGCAUCAUCACUUCCACAGUGGAGGGAGUGAAGACAGAGGGUGGAGUCAGUGGCUUCUUCUCAGGCCUGGGUAAGGGUCUGGUCGGCACUGUGACCAAACCAGUGGCUGGAGCUCUGGAUUUUGCCUCAGAGACGGCCCAGACAGUCCGGGACAUGGCUAGUCUCAGUACCCACAGGCUCAAUGUGCAGCGUGUCAGGAAGCCUAGAUGCUGUAAGGGAACUCAGGGUCUGUUGCCUCGAUACUCAGCCACACAGGCGGAUGGUCAGGAGCAGCUUUUCCGCCUCACUGACAACAUCCACUCCGAGUUCUUCAUCGCAGUGGAGCCGAUCGACACCUACUGUGUCCUCAUCUCCUCCAAAGUGGUCUACUUCCUAAAACCGGGGGACUACGUGGAUCGUGAGGCCAUCUUCCUGGAGGUCAAGUACGAUGACCUCUACCAUUGUCUGGUCUCGAAGGAUCAUGGGAAAGUAUAUGUGCAGCUCACCAAGAAGGCUGAGAACACCAGCAGUGGUGUGGCAAUUUCUGGCACCUCCCACCAGAAACCCAUGGUCCAUGUGAAGAGUGAGAGCCUUGCUAUCAAAAUCUCUCAAGAAAUUAAUUAUGCCAAGAGCCUGUACUACGAGCAGCAGCUCAUGCUGCCUGCUAGUGAGAAUGAGGACUGCUUACUGCUCGAGUCCUGAUGAUGACUUGUACAGUUGUGUAUGUUGGACUUUUCUAAACUCCUGAGAGGACAAGAAUUGUCAUUUAUUUUUGCAGGUUUUUAAUGCAUUUGACAAACUCCAUCAAAGGGAAUAGUCAGACAUGUAAGCACUUGAUUUGGACACAUGACCUGAUGUUUGAAAGCACAUAUAGGUGACUUUAAAAACAUGAUGCAGGACAGUGUUAGUUUCACUUUGUAUAUGUAGAAAACAUUUAGUUGUCUGCGUUUCCAAGACUGCUGUUGUGUUCAACAGUUGUACACAUCAUACAGGUGUUCUAUAUGUUUGUGAACAGACAAGAAUGUAAAUAGAACUACAUACCAAUACUAUAAACCAGUGUACAUACUGUAAUAAUGAUGAUAUAUAGUGAAUAACAACAGAAGCAGAUUAUGUAAACUGUGACAAACUGCCUUUGAUACUCAGUUUUGAGUAUAAGAGACUAUCAGUUAAAGUCGGGGAGAAUAAAUUGCACUGAAACACAGUGGAGGUUGGGGGAACACUGCUUUGAAUAAAUUACCAGACUUAUA